CUUACCACCAAAGCACGCCUGAUACAUCGUCUGCAGCAGCGUGUAUUUUUGUUCAACCUUGAAGUUUUCGUCGUCAUGGGUCACCCUCAAGAGCACACUCAAUAUCCAGCGUCACAAUGAACCGGAAUUGUCGCGGCUUUUAUCUGUGCUGCAUUGCGUACAGCUCUCGCAGCGGUUCUCGAUCGAAUGUUCCAAGUCGUUUCGGACUAUGGCGCUGGAUUGUCGAUCACACCAGACACCAUCCUUCAAACCUCACGACUGGGUAUCACAAUCUGCUGCCUCGCACUAGGGGUCUUUGUCGGUAACACAAUUCUCUUAAAGAGCCGGGUGGUCUUUGGUGAACUUCAGGCAAAAGAUGCGCGAGAGAGGAUAUUUGGGAAGCUGCUUGCCCGAGACAUGAGCUGGUACGAUAAGCAGGCGGACGGCAUACCCAGCCUCCUCGUUAGAAUCGAAACGCAAAUCCGCGAACUGCAGACUGCGACGUCCCAAGUCCUUGGGUUUCUUUUCACCGGGGCCGUUACCUCGAUUGCAUCCUUUGCCCUCGCCUUGGGCUUCUCCUGGAAGCUAACACUCGUGCUUAUUGCUACCGUGCCAUCGAAAGUUAUUUCUCUGGCGUUGAUUAACCAGAGACUUCAGUCUGCAAUUGCUCAGAAAAAUCUGCACCUCGCCGAUGCUUCCAAACAAGUUCACGCCUGCGUCGCCGCAAUAGACCUAGUCAAGGUAUUCAACGGGUGCAGCCAAGAGAUACGGGCGUAAAGUAAGAUCAUGGAUGCUUCUGUAAACCAGUAUUUGGUGCAAGCCCGCUGCAAUGCUCUUCAUAUAUCUGUCACAGGGGGCUGGGUCUCUUUGCUCUUCGUUGGCGGCUUCUGGUUUGGUCUUUGGCUCGUGACGAAAGGAGAGAACUCCGCGACGAUCAUCACAACGUUCUACGCUACCCUACAGCACUAGAGGG